GGCUGGGACCAUGCGCCAUAAAGCUCCGCCCCUACGUAGGCGUGGUGGGGAGUGGAGGGAGCAGCAUGGCUGACAGCGGUGCCUGGAGGAUCCUGCUUUUUCUUUCUCCUGUGGAUGAGUGGUUCAUUUUGUGCCAUCCGCAUUUUUCCGUAUUUGUUUGGCAGCCCCCGCGAGCAUGCGACGAUUACUGGUCCGAAUGGAAACACUGCAAGAGUAUCCUGAACCUGUUUCAUUAUUACUACACGUAUGGGGAGGCGCCUUCCUGCAGGCAGUGGAAAAGAGAUUACGAGAACUGCAGGGAGUGGGAGAAAACGAAAAAUCCCGCAGCUAAGGACUCCCUAUGUAAGAGUGAAAGAGAGCGGGUUAUGGAGAAACGAAAGUAUGCCCCUGUGUGGAACUUGAGAAAAAGCCCUCCCAUGGACUGGUAUAUGCCUCUUCCUGAAGACAAACCAAAGUGACGAGGCCCUGGAACACUAGAUGUGGGACUUCCGGGCAAUGCAAUCCUAAAACAGUUCCCAGCCACGAAUCCAUGCUUCCAGCAAUCAUAUACCUCACUGUAGUUGUGUUGGAUUUUAAAAACAACAACAUUCUGUUCCGAA